GUCAUCGAUAGGUGUCGCUGCACGGCAGUACGGCAAAAUCCACUAUACACAGCGAAUAAGAAAACAAGCGUUCAUUUUUUGUACGGCAAACAAGUGACACGAAUUUUAUAUUUUGGCCUUUAAUUCCGUUCCGUUUGUAAAUCACAUUUGAGUAUGUCGGACGGUAAUCGAGACGAAAUUUUAUCGGAAUUCACGGCUGUGACUGGCGUGGCCGAAGAUCGUGCAAAAUUUUAUUUGGAAUCAGCCAAUUGGAACUUGCAGUUGGCAAUGUCCAGUUAUUAUGAAGGUGAUCAAGAUCCUGAUGUUGACGAUGACGAUGUUGAAUCGUCAUCAUCGUCACAGCCAUCGCAGGCUCCAACAGCAUUGUUCGGCUCAAGCGGUGACAAAAGCAAAAGCGAUGCCAAGAAUAAGAGCAAAAAUAAGUACAAUGCUAGUGGUGCACGUAUUGUUACGCUAAACAACAUGGCAUCGGAUGAUGAGGAAGAAGAUGACGGUAACCGUCAGGCAUUCUAUGCUGGUGGAUCGGAUUCAUCUGGUCAACAAGUUUUGGGACCCGGACGUAACAAAAACAGCAAAGAUUUUGUAUCCAACAUUUUCAAAUCGGCCAAAGAAAGUGGUGCCGAAGUUGUCGAAAAUCCACAUCCGAGCCGUCCCAGUGGUAGUCGCAACUUCUCCGGUACUGGUUAUCGCUUGGGUCAAACAAAUGACGAUCACGUUUUGUUAGCAGAUACGUCGUCACGUUCUACCGAAAACAUGGAUCCAAUUAUUUUGCGUCUUUGGCGCCAAGGAUUUACAAUCAACGACAGCGAACUUCGAAUGUACGACGAUCAGAAAAAUAGAGAAUUCUUAGAAUAUAUCACAAAAGGUGAGCUGCCGCCCGAAUUGCGUCAGCAAGGCAAUAUGGUUCCAGUGAACAUGGAAGAUCAUCGACACGAGGAUUACAAAAUUUCCAAAAUCAAACCAUUCUCUGGAAAAGGUCACACUCUUGGCAGCCCAACGCCAAAUAUAAAUGACAGUUCAUCAACAUCGAUUGCUUCAGCACCGCAAAGUGCCGGUAAAACUGAGGAAAACGAAAAGCUGGCAAAUGAAAAUUUGAAUGUGGAUGCAUCGCAACCGACCACUUCGAUACAAAUACGCUUAGCCGACGGAAGCCGUCUAUCUGGUCGUUUCAACCUAACACACACAAUCAACGAUCUGCGAGCAUAUGUUGUGAACGCACGGCCACAGUAUGCGGCACAGACAUUUGCUUUGUUGACCACGUUCCCGAGCAAGGAGCUCACGGAUUCGGAGCAGACUAUCGAAAAAGCCGGUCUUGCAAAUGCUGCAAUCAUGCAGCGUCUAAAAUGAAUAUCAUCAACACACCAAUGAAUCAAAAAACGCAGUUUUUUCCCCAAUUCUUUUACUUGUCUAAUUAAAUUUGAUGAAAAAACGAGUUGAAUGAAAUUCUUUUUCAUGUGAUUUAUACGAUACACUAGCCACACGUACACAGCAAUUAACUCGUUCUAAGAAUGUUCAUUACACGGGAAAUCCAAAACUGAAAGAAAAAAAUAAUAAUUAUGAAUCAACAAAUAUAAUGAAGAUACACUUCGACCACACACACACACA